AUGGAUCUCGCAAUCACACUUAUCAAGUCCGUUGCGCGGGCGUUUUACGAAACCCGUGACAUACUAGUGAUCGAUGCGCUUAUUCUACAUGAGGCGCUUCGAGACGAUGACUUGGCCUACUUGAUGUCUACCAACACAAAGGAACUCCACAAGAUAUGCGGAAAGCUACGCGAGGAUCGAUUCUUGGUGGUACACACACGAUCAGAACUCCGAGAAGGCAACCCAAGACCAAGCAACAAAACAUGGUAUUACAUCGACUACCGAGCCACAAUAGACGCCAUCAAAUGGCGCGUUUACACUAUCGAUAAAGAAGUACAGGGUACUACGCAAGUCGCGAGCGAGAAAAAAGAGUACUUUUGCUCAUUUUGCAAAGCAGAAUGGACGGCGAUGGAGGUUCUGGACAACGUUGGCCCGGAAGGGUUCUUAUGCCACCGCUGCUCUCAUGUUCUGACCUUUGAGGCCGACCGGACAUCGACUGGGCACGAGCAGUCAACGCGACUCAAUGACCAGUUCAAAUUCAUUAGUGAACUGCUUCCCAAGAUCGACGCCGUCCACAUUCCUGAAUGCGAUUUCGAUCGCGCAUUUGCCAAAGCACGCCCGGUGAAGCGCGACGAAACACACCAGCGCGCUCAGACUACUGCAGUAGACUCUGGCGCGAACCGACCUAUGGCGGUCAAGGGCUUGACCAACACAGGGCCGCAAUCGAUUGCAGUUAACAUCUCAACAUCAGAUGGCCCUACAGAAGCCGAGAAGGCGGCAGAGCAGGCGCGCAAGGAGCAGAUAGCGAAGCAAAAUGCUCUUCCAUCGUGGAUGUCCAAUAGUACAGUCACUGGGGAGUCCUUCUCAGCAAGCGCUGCUCCUGGCACUGCAUCAAUCGUCAAGAAGGAGUCCAGCAAAGAUGCUGGCCCAGCAGCACCGGCCGUGGCCAAUGCUCAAAUAGACGACAUAUUUGAGAAGCUCAAGGCGGAGAUAGCACAAGAAAGAUCAGAUGAGGAAGAGGACGACGACGAAGAAGAAGAAGAAGACUUAUUCGAAGAUGUCCCUGCCGCCAAAAAAGUGAAACUGGCUGGACCAGAUACUGAAGAGCAAAAAGAAGACGAAGACAGCGAGGAGAUAGAGUUCGAAGACGUUUAA